CCGCUCGUUAGCUCUCAAUGCUUUGUAAAAGAUCUCCGACAGUUGCGCAUCAUGAUAACACACUGUCCAUAAGUUGCUCUGCAGUGCAGGCUUCUAUGCAAGGGACAUGGCCAAAUUCGCAGCAACCGCGACCGCGGCACCGGUAGACCUCGAGACUGGAGAAAGCAGGGACCAGAUCGCCGCUACUGGAUCAUCAUCGUUCACCCCAGACACCCCAUCGAAAGCCGCGACACCUCGAAGGAGUUUUGAAUUUGAAGAUCGCCAACCUACCCAACGUUCAUUUGUGACGAAGACAUGGAGGAAGGCAGAGGAAAGGCUUCCCGCACCGGUCACGCGAUGGAGUCGCAAAGCGGUCGCGUGGAUCAAGGGUCCAGAACCACCUGUGUUGCACCGCAUCAAUCCGCUAUUCGAGCCUAUACAAACAUAUCCGACGCGCCUGAUUGCGCGCCUGCCUAAACAAUUGCGCAUUUGUCUCUUCGCAGCUGCGUUCAUACUCUGGGUGGUGCUCUUUGGUGUCAUCAUCAGCGAUUUCAGUCUGCCUACAAAUCUUGCGGGCUAUGGAGCGCCAGUCCGGCUCGGCUGUGCUACACAAUUAUGGCCCAAUGCACAAAGUUGCGGCAUAGACGGACGAAAUUGCCUUCCCUUCGACGACUCUGCAUUUGCGUUCAAUUGCCCAGCAGACUGCGCAGGCACCCAAGUCCUGAAUCCUCGAGCAAUCGGUAACCAAUCAAUCGUAUACCGCCCACUGGUAGUGGGUGGCACACAGGAUACUGCAACCGACAAUGCACUUGUGUACCGCGGCGAUUCGUUCAUCUGUGGAGCAGCUAUACACGCAGGCAUCAUCAGUAACGGGAGGGGCGGGUGUGGAGUCGUAUCCCUUGCGGGUGAGAGAGAUAGCUACGGUUCCAUCAGCAGGAACGGCAUCUCGAGCGUUGGCUUUGACUCCAGCUUCCCUCUGUCAUUCGAGUUCAACCAGACGGCGCAGGUUGUCAGUGCUUCAAAGAAGUGUCGGGACCCGCGAUGGGAUCUUCUCGUCCUUUCUACCAUGUUCACGGCCCAGUUUGCCCUGUUUACUUCCAAGCCUGCCACGUUCUUUGCUCCGAUCUUCGUCAUCAUCUUCUUCCAGAUCGCCAUGGCUUCUGAUCCACCAUCAUACUCGAACUACCCCUCUCUGGCUUCCACGACACUUGGUCGCUUUCUGCCGGCGGCUUCUGUGGCUGCGCUGAUCUACCGUUUCAGCGUCCGCAAGACACUGUUGAACUGUAAAGCGCACGUGGAGAAGCCGAUUCUGUGGGUCGGUGGAUGUUGGGUAGGAGCACUGGGCAACUAUACGUUCGAGCGGAUUCCCAUCCAGCGGCUCACAUCGCACGACCUGCAUCAGCAACCUGGCGCCAUCACCGCACUGAUCAUCAUCGUACUGGUUCUGUUUGCUGUCGUGCUGUACCAAGCUUGGUGCUUCAGGACGGAGGGGCGUCUACCUAGGAUGCUAGGGUUGUACGCAAUACUGGGUGUUGGCCUACUGAUCUGUUAUGGUAUCCCGCAAUUGAGUCUUAGAAUUCACCACUACGUCCUUGCUUUGCUGCUCCUUCCGGGCACAUCAAUGCAGACUCGAGUUAGUCUCCUCUGUCAAGGAAUACUAGUUGGCCUGUUCAUCAACGGUAUUGCACGCUGGGGCUUUGAUCCUAUCUUACAGACUACGGCAGCUUUGCGAGGCGAUGCACAGCUAGGAUCCGGCAUACCAUCUGUCGUAGCAGCCGUCAGCGGCAGCAACAUCACAUUCACGUGGGACAGCAUACUGCGCGGCUACGAGGGUGUCAGCGUCAUCGUAAACGAUGUGGAGAGAUACAGAGGCGUUCACCCCGGCAGCGAUGGAAAAUUCACAUGGACAAGACAGGCUACAGAGAGCCCCGAGUACUUCCGCUUUGGAUUCACCAACUAUCUUCCGUUCGGCAGCAUCUCGUACAGCGACUUCACUAACGCAGGGAUCUGGUGGCUGAAUGGUACGUGGAGUGAUCCUGCGCCCGGGCGUACCUUGUACUGAGGUCGGCGCAGCCAAAGCAUAGCACAGAAGUUUAGGUGAACUCGUAUCUCAUAAUUUGGUGUCUAUCCGUACCGCAUAUGUUCUAUGUUUUGUCUAUCCAGUCUCGUGGCUGCGUGCCUCGUAUCUCGUUAUGCAACGCCCUUGAGAUGCUCAUAAUACAAUGCUUCCAUACCUGCAAG